AUGACCCAAUCCGACCUCGACCAGCUGCUCGACAUGGGCUUUGAGAAGGCCCGCGCUGAGCUUGCAGUGAAGAAGACUGGAAACCUGAACGGCGCUCUUGAGUGGCUCGAGAAGAACCAGGACAAGCCCCUCGAUGAGCUUACUGCUGCUGCCGACGCUGCCAAGGCCGAUGAAGAUGAUGAGAAUGAGGUUCAGGCCAACAUUGAGGCCCUUGAGACUGGAGUUGCCAAGUCGCUGGUCUGCAACGAGUGUGGCAAGCGCUUCAAGUCCCAGGACACCGCCUCAUACCAUGCCACCAAGACUGACCACACCGACUUCUCCGAGUCUACGGAGGAGAUUGCACCUUUGACCGACGAUCAGAAGGCUGCUAAGCUGGCGGAGCUUCGCGAGCAGCUUAAGGAGAAGAAGGCGAAGCAGGCCCUCGUGGACAAGGAGGAUGCCAAGCGGAACGAGCAGAUCCGUAUGAAGGCGACCAAGGAGAGUCAGGAGAUGAAGGAGGAGCUCCAGCGCAAGGAGCAGAUCAAGGAGGCCGCGAAGAAGCGCCAGGAGAAGCUCGACGACGCUGAGGCGAAGCGUCGCAUCAAGGCAAAGAUCGAGGCCGACAAGGAGGAGCGUCGUCGCAAGGCGGAGGAGGCCAAGGCGGCGAGAGAGGGAAGAGCUCCCCAGCCCGGUCCUGUCGCUGCGCCCUCCGUCCCCAAGACUACCGCUAACCACAACGAAGCUCGUCUGAGACUGCAGACUUCCGGCGGCAACGUCAUGAAGACUCUUCCCGCUGAAACGACCCUCUUCGAGGUUGCUCAGAUGCUACAGACGGAGAACAGCCUCGAGGUCACCAGCUUCUCGACCACAUUUCCCAAGAAGACAUUUCAGGGCGCCACAGAUUUCAGCAAGACGUUGAAGGAGGCCGGCCUGACGCCAAGCGCCGUUCUUAUUGUCAAAUAG